GUUCAUUUGUUGUUAUCGUUGAUCGUUGUAUUGCGAAAAAAUCGGCCGCCGUUCAGUGAUGUUUAUAGUAUUAUGUAUUGCGCUAAAUAUAUCAAAAUGUAUUCGUAGGACGUUAUUAAAGUGGACUUAAAAAUUUUAAAUUGCAUGACGCGUAGGUGCGAAAAUUGAUCGAUAUCCGGCUAUGCCUCAAUAAGUUCCCGGUUGAGCAGGUUUCAUUGCGCGGAUUGUUUUUAUUUAUAAAUAAUGUUUUUUUUCUUAAUUGACCACCGAUGGCAUAAACCUUCGAUAGUUUCAGGAUUGGAGUGCGUGUUAAAUAUUUAGGGUCAAAAAGAAUGUGUGAUUUUCAGUAGUUUCGUGAACAUUUCCCUAUAUUUUCCAAUAUUAGUUUUGAGCUCGUCGAAAUUCGCAUCGAUGUGUUCAUGCAGUCAUUAUAAACGGAUAAUCCCAUCGACGCGUUGACUCACUGCAGUGAUAAUAUGAAUAAGAUUAACAACCAUUUGAGCUACAAAAUGGAAGGUGACAAGUCUACUGACAACGGCGAUGAUUACUACAAGAACGUCAAGCUGGUAGGGUUUGUGAAAACAGACUCCGAAACACUGGCCGGAUAUAAGAACGAUGCGUUCCAAUGGAGUUCGGCAGACAAUUUGUCAAGUUACCCAUCGUCUUACCCCAGAGAACACGACAUUUUAGCUUCUAGCAAAGUUUUGGGCGGUGACACGGUGGUGCCCGUCGACCAGGAUUCGGUGAACCGGUGCUGUACGAGAAAAGUGUUGUACAAACGCCUACCUAUCCUCCAAUGGCUGCCCAAGUACACAGUCGGCGAACAUGGUAUACCCGACCUCGUGGCAGGCAUCACGGUCGGGCUGACCGUUAUACCACAGGCCAUAGCGUUCGCCAACGUAGCCGGAUUACCUCCACAAAUCGGUCUGUACUCAUCGUUCAUGGCAUGCUUCGUGUACACGAUUUUCGGUAGCUGUAAAGACCCGGCGUUGGGUCCGACGGCAAUCAUGGCCAUCAUGACCCGUGAAAACAUACACGACAUGGGACCAGAAUUCGCCAUCCUGUUAUGUUUUAUCACCGGUAUCGUACAACUCAUCAUGGGUUUUGCGCAAUUAGGGUUUUUAAUCGAUUUCAUAUCCGGGCCGGUGUCGGCUGGUUUCACGUCGGCAGCAGCGAUCGUGAUAGCAACAUCCCAACUGAAAGACCUGCUCGGUAUCAACAUCAAAGCUAGUUCGUUCAUAGGCUUCUGGGACCAAUUGGCCAUGCACAUCAGAGAGAUCAGCGUUGGCGACGGGACGCUCGGCAUUACGUGUAUGAUUGUACUGCUGCUGUUGAGGAAAAUGAAAGACAUACAAAUCGGCCCUACGGACAUGAAGGAUAAAACGACCGGACAGCGAACGGUUUCAUCAAUCAUUUGGCUCAUAUCGACGGCGAGGAACAUUAUAGUUGUGGUUUUUUGCGCCGCACUGGGUUACAUGUACAAGGAACAUGGAAAUUUGCCGUUUAAACUAUCGAGUCACGUGGAAUCCGGUCUCCCGAGUUUCAGACCACCGCCGUUUGAGAGCCGAGUCGGGAACGAGACGUAUAAUUUCGUAGAGAUGGCGUCCAAAUUAGGUUCAGGGAUUCUGGUAGUGCCACUUCUGUCUAUUUUAGAAAACAUAUCACUAGCUAAAUUUUUCUCUGAUGGUAAGACCGUCGACGCCACUCAAGAAAUGCUUGCCUUGGGCGCUUGCAAUUUGAUUUCGUCUUUUGUUGGGUCCAUGCCCAUAUCUGGCGCUCUAUCGCGGGGUGCCGUGAACAACGCCAGUGGAGUAAAAACCACGUUUGGAGGAGUUUACACAGGAAUAAUCGUCAUAAUAGCUCUACAAUUUUUCACGCCGUAUCUGGUGUACAUACCCAAAGCUGCUUUGGCCGCUGUGAUAAUAGCCGCCGUCGUGUUCAUGGUCGAACUGCAAGUUGUCAAACCGAUGUGGCGAACGAAAAAAAUCGAUUUGAUACCGGCGUUCGCCACGUUCCUUUGCUCGCUGUUAAUCCGCUUGGAAGUCGGGAUCGUUGUCGGCAUAGCUAUUAACGUCAUAAUACUGCUUUACACCUUGGCUAGGCCCAGCGUCCAUGUCGAAAAACAACAAAGUGAAUUUGGGUACGAGUAUUUAGUGAUAACGCCAGACCGUAGUUUGGUUUUCCCGUCCGUCGAGUACGUGAGGGCAGUGGUGUCCAAAGCCGGACUUAAACAAGGACUGAGUUCGAUUCCGGUUGUGAUGGACUGCAGGCACAUACAAGGAGCUGAUUUUACUGCGGCUAAAGGCGUCAAAUCUUUAAUAGACGACUUUGUCAGGAGAAGUCAACCAUUGGUGUUUUACAAUGUCAAACCUAGUGUGAUAUCCAUUUUCCAAGGCGUACGACCAACUGAGUUCAACUGUUGUGUCACCGAACAGCAAUUGCACGAAAGACUAAAAGGGUAUUAUUAUAGCAGAAUGCAGACGCUGACAUUAUAACAUCGAUAUUUACACAAAAACUUGUCCCACCGACAAAUUGUACAGAUUAAACGAUAGCUAUGUAAAUAAUGUUAAUAUUAAAAAUAAUAAGCUGUACAUUGUGAAUAGAUCUUAUACACAAAUAAGAAGUGAAUUCUAGACAGUUGAGUUUCCAAAAUUCUCCUUAACCAUUUGUUUGUUUGUUUAAUAAUAAUUAAUUUAAAAUUAAUUAAAUACUUCGGUAUUAUUAUGUAAGUUAAUGUAUUUUGUUUAUUGUAAUUAUUGAUGUAUUAGGUAUGUUAGUACUGUUGUUUUUCAAAAUCAACUACUUUUUUAAUUUUGUAAGACACAAAUGUGAACUGUGAAGUAUUGAAAUGCGUAUAACUACCCAGUGUCCUAGUGUACACAAAAAUUAUAGGUUGCUACUUGCAGUCUUACCACGUUUAUUUAUAUAAAAACCGCGUUGCUUAAAAUAUAGUGUAAAUAGUAAAUGUAAAUAGUUAAGCAGAUGAUAUUUUUGAAAAUGUUUAUGCAUCUAAUAUCUAAAUAAAAAUUUAGAUUAGAAGUUUAUUUGUUAUUUCGCAACUAAUAUACUAAGGAUGAUAAUCCAUAAUAAUAGUUUUACUUUUACAUAAAAUAGAUAGGUAUAUUAUAGUGUAUAGUGUUUAUUCUAGUACUUAUUAUACUCAUAUUCACUAAUUUUACAAAUAAUAUAAUGCUAAUAACUAAUAUUAAUUACUAUGUAAAAUUAGUUCAACAUUUCUGGAUAAUUAUUGGAGAAGAAGGAGCAGAGAUUGAUAUUUUGUUUGAUUUUUAAAAUAAACCAAACAGUUGCUAAACCACGAUAAGUCAUGUUAGUAUUUUUUGAAUAAAAAGACUUAUUUUAAUUAAAAAAAAAAAAGGUUUUAUUUUUAUAUUAACUAUGCGCACAAUAGUAUACAUACUUUAAUACUUUCAAACCUGAGACCUUUCAAAAUUACCUAUAUAUUCAUAAAGCAUAUAACUUAAAAUAAUGUGUGAUUUAUAUUAAUCAUUGUACAUAAGGUUUUUAUAACUAUAGUUUAUACGGUUCAUAUAAUAAUUAUUUUAUAUUAUCUUGUUAAUACAGUAUGAUAAUAUUUAUUAAUCUGUAAAACCAUUGGCGUAUAUAGCGGAGUUUGUCGUUUGCGCAUCAUUAGUACCUCAGGUAAGAAAUUUGGUAGGUCGUUUGCGCAUCGCAAAUUUUAAUAAUAGAAAGGUACCUACUACCUUUUACCUAUCUACCUAUUAGUGAUAUGACCGGAUAUAUUGGUGAGAUAAUAAUAUAUAUAACUGAUAAAUGAUCAUUUAUAAGCGUAUCAACCACGGUUGUAGAUUUAUACGAAAGAUGAUUAAAUAAUAUUAUAUAUUUUUUUUUUUUUGGUAAAUGUGAAUAUUAAUUUUUUAAUUUUUUUUUAAAUAUGAAUUAUGAAUAUUGACGAUUAUUUUCGUAAGUGUAAAUAAAACCUGGUAUACGUAAUUUGGAAUGCGCAAUCGGCCUAUAAAAAGGUUAUUUGUAACAAUAGCUAGGGAAAACACCCUAUGCCUUUUUAACAAUAGCUAUGCGCAAACGGCCUAUAUAAAGAUUUUUUGUAACAAUAGCAAUCGGAAAACACCCUAUGCCUUUUUUAACAAUAGUGAUGCGCAAACGGCCUACAAAAAAGGUCAUUCAUAACAAUAGCGAUGCGCAAACGUCCUACGCCCGUAUAUAGAGGGGUUUUAGGGUUCAAACUCUCCCCGCAAUGUAUUGUUAAUACGGAAUUUUAAUACAAUGAUUAAUUUAUAAUAUUAAUUAAAUAUAUUUUGUUUUUGUAGAACCCAUCCCCCCCUCGAAAUUGAUUUCUAUACACGCCACUGUUUAAAACAAUGUGUAAAUCAAUAUUUUCCUCCAAAUAAACCAAAUUAUACUUUACAUUUUAGUAGUAUAGGGUAAUUUUAUUUUUUUUGUGAAAAUAAAUUUGUUUCUUUUAAUGAUUGGCAUGAAUUAAUUUAGUAAUCGUUUUAAUCGAAAAGAACUAAUUUUUUUUUUAGAAAUCCGAUUUAUGCAAAUCGUAAAAUGUUGUACCCAAAAAGU